AUGGCGGCGGCGGCGGCGCCGGAAGCUUGGCAGGCGGCGUCUCCGCGGAGAAGGCGCUCAGCGGCGCGGCGUCCGCGGCGGAGGGAGGCGGCGGCGGCGGCGGCCAGGGCCCCGGGAGCCGAGCCCGAGGUGGACGGCGGAGUCGUGCUUCGUCGCAUCGAGGAGGCCAGGGAGGACCUGCUUAUCUCUGAUUUCUGGAGUUCAGCACUAGAAACCAUCAACAGGUGUCUUAGGAAACAUCUGGAACAGCUGAAGGCCCCUUCAGAGCCUCUUUCGGAAGCCCUUGGAGACCUGCACCUCGACUCACCACCGGAUGAGUCAGAUGUGGCCCCUGGUUCCGUCCCAAAAGAGACCCCGGUCACAGGAACCUGCCAUUUGAAGUGUGUGUGUUACGGCAUUGGGAACUUUGCUACCUGCGUCAUAGCUAGAAACCAGCUAGCGUUUUUGCUUCUCUUUCUGGAAAAGCACCAGAUUCCCAGAAGUCACUGCUGGGUGUACGACCCUCUGUUUAGCCAACUGGAAAUUGCAGUUCUUAACACCCUUGGUGUGGUGGUUCUCGGUGAGAACGAGGAAGGAAAACGGAGCGUGCACAGUGAGCCCACCGUCUUCUACAUGCUCCACUGUGGGACGGCGCUCUACAACAACCUUCUGUGGCGAAACUGGUCCGUAGACGCCCUCUCCAAGAUGGUCAUCAUCGGGAACAGUUUCAGGGGACUCGAGGAAAGGCUGUUGACAAGGAUUCUGCAGGAAAAUUAUCCAUAUGUUGCACAGAUUUUGAAAGGACAGGAGGAGCUGGCGUUCCCUCAGACCUCACAGUACACAGACGUAUUUAAUGACACCUCUGUCCACUGGUUUCCUGUGCAAAAGCUAACACAACUCUCCACGGACAUUUGGGCCUUUCGGGAAGAACCAGAUUACCAGGACUGUGAGGAUCUCGAAAUCAUCAGGAACAAGACAGGAGACCCUUCAGCCACUGACUUGAGCUCGCUGUGA